GAAUGACGGAUCGUAAUGAAUGAGGGGAGAUUGGUGAAGAGUAAGGUGACGUCAUAUUGCAUAAUUUUCCGAUCCAAGGCACCCACAUGAUUUCCAAACGAUUUUGAGAGAAUCAGGCAAAACAAUCGUCUCUAAAUUUUUUAUCUGAGCGAUUCUUGACCUGUGGAUCGCAAAGUUUAGAGACAACAGAGGGUUUUCUGCCACUUCCGGUGUCCAGUUCUGUUCCAUCUACCCAUAGGUAGAUUUUGUUUAUGGAUCUAGGGGGAUGCUGCCACCUCCUGUGGAUGCUGUCACUUCCGGUGGCUAGGAUGGCAGCUAGUGGGACUGCAAAGAUCCAACAAGUUGGAAAACCCAGUAAGACAUACUCAAUGAAAGGAAAGGAAAUUGCAUCAAGAAAAGGAAAAACAAGGCCCCCACUUAAUUUCCUAUCGAUUUUGCAUAAUGCAAAGAAACUGAUCGACACGUCUUGUCCUGAUAAGCUGUGUAAGCAGCUCUACACUGGAGUAUUCUUAGAAGACGAGAAACUGAAGUAUUUUGUCGACGAGAACACAAACAAGAAUUGCUUCAUGCUUUUUGCAAGGAAACUUGAUAUCUGUUGGAUUGAUAAUCCUAAAUAUUGGGAAUGGACCAAAGAGGAGACAAGUGGUGAAGAGAUUGAAGUGGCUGAGCUAAUAGAGGUAUGUUGGUUCGAUAUUAGAGGGAAGUUUGAUAGAACAAUUGAUCUCUCACCAGGAGCAAUGUAUGAAAUUGUUUUUGUCGUGAGGAUGAUUGAUGACGAUGUGUACCAGACUCAUAUAUCAAAUUGUACAGUGACGCUUGUCAUGAUUCUCCCGCGUUCAAGAACGCAACGUAAUGAAAGUUUAGAAGGAAAGCCUGUAGAAGAAUGGUUUGAGAUCCUGGUGGGUGAGUUUAUCAUGUCACCAGAAAACGUUGGAAGCGUCGAAUUCUCCAUGGAGGAACAUGGUCCAGACUGGAAGGGUGGGCUUAUUGUGAAAGGUGCUCUCAUUCGACCCAAGGUGUAAAUAACUUUAGGCACUUGGAUGGUUGGUAAACUUCUCUAUAUCCCAAGAAUAUCCAAUGCAAUUAAUGUGAGAACAUGUGUAGUGGAAUACGUAAGCAAAUUAUUAUUAUUAUUAUUAUUAUUAUUUUGUAGAAUGCUUGUAUGAUAUAUUUGUCCUAAUUUUUUGUAUGAGAUUGCAUGGAUUCAUGGGUCUAUACAUAUUUGAGUCAUUAGAAUUUA